AUGAGCGGCCAGACACUGGUUAACAUCCAGAUUGAAGAAAGCAAGUACAACAAAAUACCCUCAAUUACCAUAUGUUAUCCCCGGCUACUGUCAAUGAAACAAGUUGCUGAUGUAUACCCUGUGACUUAUGGUGAACAGUACAACGCUUACUUGGACACCAUGCGAAGUAUCGCUGAUGGUGAUAUUAGUUAUGAAAAUAGCACUAUGGUUUCACACCUGAACCGUUUAUACGAUGGGAAUGUAUCAGGGUUAAUUAAUGAGGGAAAUCGCCUUCGCGAUUUGUUUGACCUGAGCAUACCUUAUCAUUAUGGUGAUAAGAAUUCAAGCUUAUUUAAUAAAGGCAAAUUGACCGAGUUCGGUAUUGAUAUACAUGUAAAAGGCAUUAGGUUGUUUUAUAAAAAUAUGACUCUUAAUGUGAUCGAGGUCAAAGACACGGAUCCCAUUGAGUCCGUGGUAUUACCUGACGGUCGCCAGGGGUCGAAGUGUUUCACAUUUUUUAGUCAAAUGAAACCUAAAUGGAGGGAAUACCAGAUUGAUUUAAAAGUGAUGCACAUAAACAUCUAUCAGCACGAGUCCUGGUUCCCACCCAGCUUGUACGAUGGGUCGGCCCACGUAUAUCUGUCAAUGCAUUCGCCAAACAUAAUGCCCCAGCAAAUGAGCUCAAAUAAUUUCAUCAGGCUACAAGCGGGCAAAUGGUACGAAAUGACGUACAACCGGUGGAAAACCAUACUAUUGCCGCCCGGGUAUGACACCAAGUGUCGCGACUAUCGCCUAAGCAGCACCAAAUCAGGCGAUCAACUGCGAGCCGACUGCGUUAAUCAGUGCAUUUACGACGGUCUGGUCAAGCAUUGCGACCAUGAUAAACAAGCAGCCCAACAUGGUCAAGAUCCACUAUGCCUGUAUCGAUCGGAUAUUUUAUGGCGCAAAGACCUUGUGGAAUCUGGUGCACUUUUAGAUAACAAUCGCAUAUGCGCUAAAUACGACCCUGGUACAGUCAACGCACACCUGGCCGAUGAGCGCACGGUAUACCGAAGGGUGUGUUUGCAGAGUCACGCGUUACGUGUGAACGGCGAGUGCGAACUCAAGUGCCCUCAAGAGUGCAAUAAUAGGUACUAUAACUAUAACGUGAAAACUAGCGAUAAAAUGGACGCACACUCGCCCUGGACUAAGCAGACACACGUCCGUAUGGCACACAAUCAGAUGCCUCAGCAAAUCACCGAACACAUACCCGAGAUCAGUUUUGUCCAGUAUAUAGGUACUGUGGGUGGAUUGAUGGGCAUGUGGGUGGUAAUCUGCUCGGCCAUCAUGGUUUACCAAGUGAUUGAUAUAACUGUCCAGUAUAUGAGCGGCCAGACACUGGUAAACAUCAAGGUCGCGGAGGUUAAGUACAACAAAAUCCCCGCGAUUACCAUAUGCUAUCCACGUCUACUGUCAAUGAAACGAGUGGCUGAAACAUUUCCAGACCUUUAUGGUAAACAGUAUGCAACUUACUUGGAUAGAAUGCAAAGUAUCGCUGAUGGUGAUAUUAGUUAUGAAAACAGCACGGUAGUUUCACACCUGAACGAUUUAUACGAUAGUAAUGUAUCAGGGUUGAUUUAUAAGGAGCAUCGACUGAGCGAUUUGUUUGACCUGAGCAUACCUUUUCAUUAUGAUAAAAAUUCUAGCAUAUUUAAUAAGAACAAGUUGACCGAGUUUGCUAUUGAUAUACGCUUGAAGGGCGUCAGAAUGCUCUAUGAAAACCGGACCCUUAAUUUGAUCGAGAUCACAGACACGGAUCCCAUUGAGUCCAUUGUGUUGCCCGACCGCCGCCAGGGGUUCAAGUGUUUCACAUUUUUUAGUCAACUGAAGCCCAAAUGGAUGGAAUACAAAAUU